AUGACAGCAGUCCGCCUACUGGAGCAGUGUCAAGAUGGCCAGCACUCACUGGAGCUCAGUGACAGCAGUGUAAGUUCGGCAGUUGAGCUGACAUUGAGCAGACACCCUCCAUACCCAGGAGACUCUCGCUGUUCCCUCACUGUUAGUGCACCGUGGGCAGAUGGCUUGCUUUUCGUCGUGCGCAUGCUCAAUAUGCGCUGGGAUGCAACGCGAUGCCUGGACUACAUGAAGCUGGUUGACAAUGAAAGGGUCUUGCUGGCUCCGUUGUGCACAUCCAGGGCCAUCGGAUCUCGUUUCGUUGCCAUGCGAGAGAACAGAAUCACGCUGGUAGUGGUGACCACAAAGUCAACUCCAAGUGGGAACUACACUGGACUUAACAUAUUGUUCACUGGUUAUGUCAGCAAAAAUCGGUGCAGUCCAAACGACAUGUUUCUGUGCAUGGAAUCAAAGAUUUGCAUUUCCAAGGCCCUGUUUUGUGAUGGCAUUGACCACUGCGGCGAUGGCACUGAUGAGCCAGAGGACUGCGAGAGCAGAAACCGGCGCACCUGGAUUGAGUGGGCUCCAUUGCUGAGCUGGUUAUCGGUGUACGGCCUCUUCAGUGCAGUUCUCUUCAAAGUGCACUCCAAGAAAAAGCGGUCCAUCUUGGUGCUCAGAAAUUUGUGACCUCAACUUAGAACAGUAUUCUUUUUGACAGUAUGACCAAGCACCGAAUGACCAUGCAACGAAAAGUUCAACGAACGGGGAUUCAGAGUUGUAUCUGAACAAAUUUCACGCUUGAGACCAGUUCGAGCUUCCAUGCAUCAGUGUACGUAGUCGGUUCUGCACGAUACUACUAACGAAAUUCCA